GUGCACAGCAGGAGGGGCGGCUGGGCAGCGUAGAGCCUGGAAUCCCCUGAGCAAGCAGUGUUUCAGCUGGCUGGACAGAUCAAAUAACACUUGGGCUGGUUAACAAAGGACACGCAAGUGGGAAGGUGUGGAGGCUGGAGUGUGGAAAUUUACCCAACGUUAUUUCUUUGACAGGAAAGGAAACAUGGUCUGAAAGAUGCCGCGUUCCUGCAGCCUGUCCGAGUCCAACAGCACAGUCUUGUGCAAGGUGGCGUGGAGGAAGGGGUGACCAAGGACGCAGCCCCGUCGGAGGCCUCUGGAGGAUCCUGGCGUGGCAGUUGAGUGCCCCUCGGCUUUGGGACUUCCGGGGUAACUUGGUGUAGAGCUCGAGAAAGGUGGUUGGGUUUCUCCGGCUUUCUUCGCCAGUGCCCACCAGCCUGAUUUGGGUCGCAGCAUCUAAGGGGAGCUGCUAGAAAGGGGAGCCGGCAGAAGUAGAAAGAAGCCCCUGGAGGCCUCCAGAAUCCAUUGCUGGGAUCCCUUCAUCCUGCUUGGGAUGCAGAGAAGAGCUACCAGGCUGCUGGAUGCUGUGAUAAAACUGAGCUUUGGGCCAUCAGAAGUCCAGGAGCUCAGCCCAGCCACAGCUCUGCAUUUCAGCCAGAAGGAACGUCUUUUUUAACACAAGAUUCAAAGAGGAGAGUUUCUGGAUCUUUUACCUUGAGGCUCAUUACGGUAGGAAACAUCACAGUCACAUAGAUCACGAGACUGGUUUUUCUCUCCAAGAUGCUACAUUUGAAGAAAGCAUGAGCCAUUCUAAAUUUCGAGGAGAGUUCAGAGUACCAAGGAGUUGGUGGACAGCCCUCCUGACGCGGGUCAAGAAAACAGUCUGAGCCUUCGCCUUCCGCAGCUCAGCAAGCAUGGACAGAUGCCACUCCUAUCUCCAGAGGGCUGGUGGCAGUGACAUCACCACGAGAAAAAGCAACCCUCAGCUCUGGGAUUCGACAGAAUGAGGUGUGCCGGGAAGGCUGCUCCCCGGGGCUUGGCCGACGUUGACCGCCCCUCCAUCGCCCGGGCGGACCCUGACCACUGAGCUGACAAUGGCUGAGAAGGGGGACUGCAUUGCCAGUGUCUAUGGGUAUGACCUUGGUGGGCGCUUUGUUGACUUCCAGCCCCUGGGUUUUGGCGUCAACGGGCUGGUGCUGUCGGCCGUGGACAGCAGGGCCUGCCGGAAGGUGGCGGUCAAGAAGAUCGUCCUGAGCGACGCCCGCAGCAUGAAGCACGCCCUCCGGGAGAUCAAGAUCAUCCGUCGCCUGGACCACGACAACAUCGUGAAGGUGUACGAGGUGCUGGGGCCCAAGGGCACCGACCUGCAGGGCGAGCUGUUCAAGUUCAGCGUGGCUUACAUCGUCCAGGAGCACAUGGAGACGGACCUGGCGCACCUGCUGGAGCAGGGCACGCUGACGGAGGAGCACGCGAAGCUGUUCAUGUACCAGCUGCUCCGAGGGCUCAAGUACAUCCACUCGGCCAACGUGCUGCACAGGGACCUGAAGCCCGCCAACAUCUUCAUCAGCACAGAGGACCUCGUGCUCAAGAUCGGGGACUUCGGGUUGGCAAGGAUCGUUGACCAGCAUUAUUCACACAAGGGUUACCUGUCGGAAGGGUUGGUGACUAAGUGGUACCGCUCGCCGCGCCUGCUCCUCUCCCCUAACAACUACACCAAAGCCAUUGACAUGUGGGCCGCCGGCUGCAUCCUGGCUGAGAUGCUCACGGGGAGAAUGCUCUUUGCUGGGGCUCACGAGCUGGAGCAGAUGCAGCUCAUCCUAGAGACCAUCCCCGUGGUCCGGGAGGAGGACAAAGACGAGCUGCUCAGGGUGAUGCCCUCGUUCAUCAGCAGCAGCUGGGAGGUGAAGAGGCCGCUGCGCAAACUGCUCCCCGAAGUGAACAGCGAAGCCAUUGACUUUCUGGAGAAGAUCCUGACCUUUAACCCCAUGGAUCGUCUAACAGCAGAGAUGGGGCUGCAGCACCCCUACAUGAGCCCGUACUCGUGCCCGGAGGACGAGCCCACCUCGCAGCACCCCUUCCGCAUUGAAGAUGAGAUCGAUGACAUCCUGCUGAUGGCUGCCAACCAGAGCCAGCUCUCCAACUGGGAUAGGUACCCUGUGAGCCUGUCCUCGGACCUGGAGUGGAGGCCGGACCGAUGCCAGGACGUAAGCGAGGUGCAGCGCGACCCGCGCGCGGGCUCGGCGCCGCUGGCCGAGGACGUGCAGGUGGACCCGCGCAAGGACUCGCAGAGCAGCUCGGAGCGCUUCCUGGAGCGCUCGCACUCGUCCAUGGAGCGCGCCUUCGAGGCCGACUACGGGCGCUCCUGCGACUACAAGGUGGGCUCGCCUUCCUACCUGGACAAGCUGCUGUGGCGCGACAGCAAGCCGCACCACUACUCCGAGCCCAAGCUCAUCCUGGACCUGUCACACUGGAAGCAGGCGGCCGGGGCGCCCCCAAGCACCACGGUGGCCGCGGACGCUGGGCCACGGGAGGACGAGCCGGCCAACCUCUUCCUGGAGAUCGCACAGUGGGUCAAGAGCACGCAAGGUGGCCCGGAGCGCGCCAGCCCGCCCCCCGACAGCCCUGAGCGCCGCCUGUCUGCCUCUCCGCCCGGCUGCCCGGCCCCCAUCGACGGGGGCGCCAGCCCCCAGUUCGACCUGGACGUGUUCAUCUCCCGCGCCCUGAAGCUCUGCAGCAAGCCCGAGGACCUGCCGGACAAUAAACUGGGUGACCUCAACGGCGCGUGCCUCCCCGAGCACCCCGGCGAUCUCGUGCAGACCGAGGCCUUCUCCAAAGAAAGGUGGUGA